GGGAGGCGAGCGCAGAGGCUCGGAUUAGCUGCAGGCGGGAGGUUGGCUUUCUCUUGGUGUGGCGAGCGGAGUUCCGAGUUUUGAAUCAGUGGCGGCGGAUCCCCGCCCGCCCGGCGUGGGGGCUGCGGGGAACGAUGCGCAGCCUGAGCGCGGCGUGGCUGCUGGCGGGUGCCAUCCUGCUGGCAGCCUCUGUCUCCUGCAAUCGCACCAUCCAAGGAGCCAAAAGACCCUCUGGAGGAAGAAGUCUUAUUGGUAAGGUUGCCAACCCAUCUCCAGUCCCUGGAAAAGGAGUUACAGGGGACUCAGGCUUCUCCGUGGAUGAGCUUUCUGUGUCUGUUCUCACUGGAAAACUGACGACCGUCUUUCUUCCAAUUGUGUACACCUUUGUUUUUGUGAUUGGUUUGCCAAGUAACGGCAUGGCCCUGUGGGUCUUUCUUUUCCGAACCAAGAAGAAACACCCAGCUGUGAUUUACAUGGCCAAUCUGGCGUUGGCCGACCUCCUCUCUGUCAUCUGGUUCCCCCUGAAGAUUGCCUAUCACAUACAUGGCAACAACUGGAUUUUCGGGGAGGGUCUUUGCAAGGUGCUUAUCGGCUUUUUCUACGGCAACAUGUACUGUUCCAUUCUCUUCAUGACCUGUCUCAGCGUGCAGAGGUAUUGGGUCAUUGUGAACCCCAUGGCCCACGGCAGGAAGAAGGCAAACCUUGCUAUUGGUGUCUCCCUGGGCAUCUGGCUGCUGAUCCUGCUGGUGACCAUCCCCUUGUAUGUGGUGAAGCAGACCAUCUUCAUCCCAGCCCUUAACAUCACCACCUGUCACGAUGUUCUGCCUGAGGAUGUAUUGGUGGGAGACAUGUUCAAUUACUUCCUGUCUCUGGCCAUUGGAGUCUUUCUGUUCCCAGCUGUCCUCACGGCCUCCGCCUACGUGCUGAUGAUCAGGAUGCUGCGAUCCUCGGCCAUGGAUGAAAACUCAGAAAGGAAGAGGCAGAGAGCCGUCAAGCUCGUGAUCACCGUCCUGGCCAUGUACCUGAUCUGCUUUGCGCCUAGUAACCUUCUGCUUGUGGUCCAUUAUUUCCUGAUUAAAAGCCGAGGCCAGAGCCAUGUCUAUGUCCUGUACAUCGUAGCCCUCUGCCUCUCCACCCUCAACAGCUGCAUUGACCCCUUUGUCUAUUACUUUGUUUCACAAGAUUUCAGGGAUCACGCAAAGAACGCUCUCCUCUGUCGAAGUGUCCGGACUGUAAAGCAGAUGCAAGUAUCCCUCAGCUCAAAGAAAUCCUCUAGGAAAUCGAGCUCUUACUCUUCAAGUUCAACCAGUGUUAAAGCCUCCUAUUGAGUUUUUCAGGCCCCAGGUGGAAGUUGUAUGUCGUCGGAUGCAGAGCCUGCCUAAUCUUACAGGGAUGUGUCUGUUAUUGCCUAGACAAGUGGGUCUCACCACAGACCA